GGUGGUGAUUAACUUAACAAAAGUCAUUUCCGUCAUCCCUAUCCCCUUUUUCUUCCCUGGCAGUGGCGGUGGCAUGUAUAUGUGUAUAGAUAGAUAGAUAGGUAGAUUGCAUUUGCUGAAGCUGCUACCUUUACAUCACCAUAUCUUAUCCAUCUACAAUAUGAAUGCUUCUGAUGAGUCAAAUAGGGAAGGUCUGGGACUGGGAGGGAGAGUGGCCAUCGUCACCGGAGGGUCGCGUGGGAUUGGAAGAGGAAUCGCUCUCCAUUUGGCAUCCCUCGGCGCACGCCUCGUCGUCAACUACACCUCCAACUCCGCCCAAGCCGAUCUCGUCGUUGCCCAGAUUAACCAAUUACACUCCAACAAUAGUGACGCCCCACCACGCGCCGUCGCCGUCGCCGUCCGAGCCGACGUGUCCGAUCCGGAGCAGGUCAAGUCCCUCUUCGACAAGGCCGAGGAGUUCUUCGGUGGGCCACCCCACAUCCUCGUCAACUCUGCUGGUGUUCUUGAUCCCAAAUACCCUUCCAUUGCCAACACUCUUCUCGAUGAUUUUGAUCGCAUUUUCAGUGUGAAUGCCAAAGGGUCGUUCUUGUGCUGUAAAGAGGCAGCAAACAGGUUGAAGCGUGGUGGCGGCGGGCGGAUCAUAAUGUUGUCGUCGUCUCUGGUGGGCGCAUUGAAACCGGGAUACGGAGCCUACACCGCGUCAAAGGCGGCUGUGGAGACGAUGGUGAAGAUACUGGCAAAGGAGCUCAAGGGGACGAGGAUCACUGCCAACUGCGUGGCGCCCGGCCCCAUUGCCACGGAAAUGUUCUUUGCUGGAAAUAGUGAGGAUGAUGUGAAGAAGGUGGUGGAGCAGUGUCCCUUGGAACGCCUUGGUGAGGUUCAGGAUGUGGCGCCUGUCGUGGGAUUCUUAGCUUCUGAUGCCAGUGAAUGGGUAAAUGGCCAGGUCAUUCGCGCUAAUGGUGGAUAUGUUUAGGAAACACGAGUUUGAGACACAAGCAGAUAUAAAGCUCUACUGUCCUAUAUUAUAUGACUUAUCAGUUUGUGAUUGUUGUGCUUUUGGCAAUGAGUCCUACUUUUACUUGUAGAACUAGAAUCCGAAAAGUACCUUUAUGCUUUUCGAGCGAACUCAUUAAGGCCCGCAAAAGCAAUAAUACUAAAUUGGUGUAGGUGUGAAAUCAAAAAAAUAAGUUAAAUGUGAGUUUUUGU